AUUAGCCCCAUCAUGAGUUGCUGGUACAGUUUACUGUCGUACUGACACACAUCCUGAUCAGAGUUCAGUAGCAAGCAUAUCAUUUCAGUUUUCCAACUCUCUUGAUUUUCUUUUAAUUUGAAGAUCAUUUUAACUAGGCCAGAGGUGAAGCUGUUUGGAGCGGAUUCUCUUAAAGCAGUAAUGUCUGAUAGUCCUUCCGCAGCAGUUCCUUGCAAAUCCAUCAAACAAACCCUUCCAGACACAUCUCUUCAAUUCAAGGUGAUGGAUUACGUUUACGACGAUGAUCUUGAUGAACUGUGCCCAGUGUGCGGAGACAAAGUAUCCGGUUAUCAUUAUGGACUACUGACCUGCGAAAGUUGCAAGGGAUUUUUUAAGAGGACGGUGCAGAACAGCAAGCGCUACACUUGCACCGAGAAUCAAAACUGCAAAAUCGACAAAACCCAGAGGAAGAGAUGCCCGUAUUGCAGAUUUCAGAAGUGCCUGACCGUGGGCAUGAGACUGGAAGCUGUCCGCGCCGACAGAAUGAGAGGAGGAAGAAACAAAUUUGGGCCCAUGUACAAACGUGACCGAGCCUUAAAACAGCAAAAGAAAGCGCUGAUUCGGGCAAAUGGCUUUAAGUUGGAGACCGUACCUCAAAUGGUAUCGUCGGUACAGAAUGAAUAUUCACUCUCAACUGCCAUACACAAUGUACAUUCUGUAUCCAAAGGCAUUCCUCCCAACCCAGCUUCUUUACCAGCUACAGAUUACGAUAGAAGCCUGUAUGGAUCUUCAUCGGUAGGCAUGGCCAUGCCAAACCAUGGAACACUGCCAAGCUACCAAUACCCAUCAUUUCAUAACCGGACAAUCAAGUCUGAGUACCCAGACCACUACGCAAGCUCACCAGAAUCUCUAGUUGGCUAUCCCUACCCAGACACCUACCAGACCAGCUCUCCCGCUACCAUACCACAGCUGAUUCUUGAACUCCUACGCUGUGAACCUGAUGAACCUCAAGUCCAGGCUAAGAUUUUGGCCCAUCUACAGCAGGAGCAGGCCAGCAGGGGCAAACACGAGAAGCUUAGCACCUUUGGGUUGAUGUGCAAAAUGGCUGACCAGACCCUCUUUUCCAUAGUUGAAUGGGCACGGAGUUGUAUUUUCUUCAGAGAACUUAAGGUGGAUGACCAAAUGAAACUGCUGCAGAACUGUUGGAGCGAGCUGCUGGUCCUGGACCACAUCUGCAGACAGGUUUACCACGGGAAGGAGAAUAGCAUUCUUCUGGUGACCGCCCAAGAGGUUGAGUUAUCCACAAUCGCCAACCAGGCGGGGUCAACCCUCAUUAACUUGGUGCUGCGAGCUCAAGAGUUGGCGGCAAAACUUCAGUCGCUACAGGUCGAUCGGAGGGACAUAGUCUGCUUCAAGUUCCUCCUCCUCUUUAGUCCUGAUGUGAAAAUUUUAGAGAACCGGCACUUGAUCGAGAGUGUUCAGGAGCAGGUACACGCUGCUCUCCUGGACUACACCAUGUGCAACUACCCCCAUCACGGGGAGAAGUUUGGACAGCUGUUGCUGCGGUUACCAGAAAUCCACGCCAUCAGUAAACAGGCUGAAGAAUACCUGUACUACAAACACUUGGGUGGGGAGGUACCGUGUAACAACCUGCUGAUAGAGAUGCUUCACGCUAAACGAGCUUAGGACCAAGCCUCGACCCUCAGACUCCCGAAGGCAGGUUGUGGAUUCCAUUUUAUAUGUAUAAAUACAUAUUAUAUUACUUUAUAUUAUUACUAAAACAAUCACUGUAAUUAGAUAGUAACAAAAUGAUUUUUAAGUAUACAGGACCUAUGUAAUCUUGAAAUAGCUGAGAACGUUUUCAGAUGCUGACUUUUUCCCUUCAUUGCAUAAAUGUUGGCUUUAUUUUGAACUGGAUUGUUAAUUCAUGUUUAACGGGGCUGUGAAACUGUCAGCCUGUCAAGAAUCACAUUAAGUUGCGCGGUGCAGUGGCCGCUUCGGAUUACAGGGAGUUCACUGGGUGUUCAGAGUUUACACUUGAUUCUUUCAAGACUUAAGAAGGUAAGAAACAGAAGCUGGAGUUGGCCACGUUUCCCUGAACUUCUCACUAAGGUCAGGACAGAUUCAGUGCUUGAAUUUCACUCUCCUACCUUAAGUCUCUGUGCAAACAUCUACUGGCCCUGUACCAGCAGAGACACGAUUCCAGAGAUUCACAAGGCAAAGAUUUUCCAUAUCCCACUCCCAAAUGGACGUCCCAUUAUUCCGCGACUGUGCGUGAGAUGGACGCCUUGUCCUACACAGGGAUCUUCAAAAUUGCAGUAACAGUGAAUGUAAAAUGAGUCAGUGUCCUGAUAUUUUCAGAGCCCUUGGCUGUUGAAAGCUGUAACAGGAUUACAAACAACAGUGUUCUCUUCAGUAAUUCUCUUUACACAGUUCUAGAACUGCACACCUGUACCUUAUUUAAUAUUUGAAAGCUGAAAUGCACUUGUAUUUUUAUUGAGUUGCAAGCAGUUGUAUUUGUUAUUUUUAUGCUUUGAGUUUGUUUUAUUCAGAGUAUUAUGGUAAAUUGUACAAAAUAAAACUACAGUAAAACAAAUGUUUUAUGGAAAUUAAUAUUUAAUGAGUAAACAACUGCUAAUUCCGUCAUAUUUAACAUUUUUUGCAUAACAACUAUACUGCAUAAACAGUUGUAUUUUGCUCCCUUGCAUGUUGGCUCACCUCUUAGAGAAAUAAACUGAUAAAAUUUGUACACCAGUGCUGUUCCUGUUUAUAAAUCAUAAAAAUACUUCAGGUUACCCAACCCAGUAGAUACAGCAGUUCCAUAUCGUCAACAUUAGAAACAAGAGGAGGACUUGCAUUUCUAUAGUGCCUGUCACAUCUCUUUCAGGAUGUCCUGAAGUGUUUUACAGCCAAUGGAAUACUAUUGGAGCCCAGUCCAGUAGUAUAGAUGUUGCACAUCAAGUGCCAGCAGAUACUGAGGUUGAUUGAGCGACGAACACUGGGGAAACUCCCCUGCACUUCCUCGACUUGUACCUUUCCUGUCCAAUGGUCCAAAGGAGAUUCAGGUAGUCCAUAGGAGAUUCACCAGGCUAAUUCCUGAGAUGAGAGGGCUGUCUUAUCAAGAGAGUUUAGACAGUUUGGGUCUGUAUUUCUUGGAGUUAAGAAGAAGGA